GGUCACGGCCAGGGAGGUCCGACAGGUCGUUUCUGGGUCAUGGACCCGAUUGAUGGUACUGCAACAUUUCUGCGAGGAGAACAGUAUGCUGUGUCCCUUGCGCUGAUCGAGGACGGGCGUGAGGUGCUUGGCGUGCUCGGAUGUCCCAACCUGCGCCAUCAAGACGGCAAGGUGACGGAGACGAGCGUAGACACCGAAGGUCUCGGUAUUAUGCUGUCGGCAGUAAAAGGACAAGGCUCGUCAAUCCGCUCGAUGACUGCCAGCGGACUCGAAUCUGCUCGCCCCAUCGAGCCGCUAAAGGCCGCGUCCAACCUCAAAGACGUCCAUAUCAUCGACUGCCUCCAGAGCAAAUCGUCCCGCCACGACCUCAUCCGCCAGCUCGCCGACAAAUUCGGCGCUCCGUUUCCUAGCACAGACGUCUGGUCCUCGCAUAUACGGUACGCAGCGCUGAUCGUUGGCAGCGGCGACCUGCACGUGCGUAUCCCCGCGAAACUGGAAACGAAGACUUACGUCUGGGAUCACGCGGGAGCGCAACUCAUCUUCACCGAGGCAGGCGGCAAAGUGACUGAUUUGGAUGGACGGCCGAUUGAUUUUGGCGCUGGGAGGGAUCUGAGUCAGAACCGGGGGUUGCUGGCGGCGAGAGAGGGUGUUCAUGAAGCUGUACUGGAGGAGUUGUCAGCCAUUCUCAAGGGCGCUUCUUACUAAAUAUUGAGUUACGAGGUGAAAAGGACCAACUCGGCGAGGCACCUGGAUCACGACCACGGUUGGAACGUCGAGAGAAAAUUCAUUGAGGACUGUUGAGACCAGCUGGUAGAUUAUCGGGUGCUUUUACCUAUCCGCGUCAUAGGAUCCAUA